UCGCACGCGCUAGGUUGGCUUAAGGAGACACGAGCGGACGCAUAUUACAGGAAGACGCGCGUGCCAUUACGCAUCAGGCUGCUCCGGUGUGGAGGACAUCGAUUUAACGAGCCCACACAGGCAUAUUGUUAUUAUUAUUAUUAUUAUUAUUAUUAUUAUUAUUAUUAUUAAUGUGAGCGGACAGAACCGGAGAAGGGGAGAGCGGAAGCGGCGGUGUGACGUCCUCCGUUUCUGAGUCCAAACUACGGGCACCGUCACACACCCACCACCGGGGAAAGUUGGAGUAACGCGGGCGGACGGUGAGAGCGGGAGCAGCUGGAUGAUUAACGCGCAGCAACCAGCAAAACAACAGCAAGGAAAAGUGUUUCUUUCGCCGUUCGUGGACCGACUUCUCCGGAUAAACCGUGGAUACUCCGACACGCGCUGCUUCACCGGAAUAUGCGGGGCUUAACGGACUGUGGGAACACUUCUCCCUCUGUGCUGGUCUGAGUCCACCGAGGGGGUCCAGGCUCCCCGUUAAGACGGUCCCCAGGGGUAUUUGCUCGCUCCACCAUGUCGGCGGCAGUUUUACGGGUUUCCAGCAUAGAAAGAGAGAGAGCGCGUGAGUGAGAGACACCGGGAGAGAGGGAGACAGAGACGGGGGUGAACCGGACCGGACAGCGCGGGAGACCGAGCCUGUAUUCCGUCUUCAUGACUUGUGGGAUUACUCCUGGACGCGACAUGUUCCUGAUUAAUGUCAUCACUUUGGUGUUUGUGUUGGAUGUGUGUGUGUGUGAUUCAGAGCUGGGCCCCCCCGGGUGGAGGGAACCUCUGGACUGCGUCCGAGCCUCUGAGCUGUGCAACCAGAACGGCCAGUGCAGCUCACGUUACCGGAUCAUGCGUCAGUGCCUCUCUGGCGGGGACAAGGAGCGCAGCGCCAUGCUGGCCUCCAAGGAGUGCCAGGGGGCGCUGGAGGUGCUGCAGGACUCGCCGCUGUACGACUGCCGCUGCAAGAGAGGCAUGAAGAAGGAGCUGCAGUGUCUGCAGAACUACUGGAGCAUCCACAUGGGUCUGACUGAGGGAGAAGAGUUUUACGAGACGUCUCCCUAUGAGCCGAUCCAUUUCUCAGAGGAAUUUCGACAUGCCUCUAUCAUCUCAGAUUCAUCGUUGUCGAAGAUGAGCCCCUGCUCCGAAGCGGGGAAACCCUGUAACCCCUGUCUGGACGCAGCGAAGGCUUGUAACCUCAAUGAGACGUGUAAACGCCUACGAUCUGCCUACAACUCCAUCUGCAGCAAGGCCACGCCCCCUCAGCCCUCUCUGGCCAAUCAGGAGCCGUGCAGCCGGAAAAGAUGUCAGAAAGCCCUGCGUCAGUUCUUCGAGCGGGUAUCAUGGGAGUUGAGCUACCCUCUGCUGUUUUGCUCGUGCCCGGAUCAGGCGUGCGCCGAGCGCCGGCGCCGCACCAUCGUUCCCUCCUGCUCCCACCAGGAGAGGCACAGACCCACCUGCCUGGAGCUCAGACGCACCUGCCGCUCCGACGCUCUCUGCAGGUCUCGGCUCGCCGAUUUCCACAUGAACUGCCAAAUGACGUCUCACACUGUCACCAGCUGCCCCCACGAUAACUACCACGGCUGCCUCAUGUCCUACGUCGGCCUCAUCGGCUCAGAUGUAACGCCUAACUACAGCGACAGCAGUCCUUCCAACAUCACCAUCAGCCUGUGGUGCACCUGCAGGGGCACUGGCAAUCAGGAGCCAGAGUGUGACGCUUUCCACCGGGACUUCACACACAACACCUGCCUCAAAAACGCCAUCCAGUCGUUUGGUUACGGCUCCGAGGGAGGGACUCUUCUUGUAACCGAGCAGUCAUCCACCUUCUUACCCCCCGCCCAGCCGCCAAUCAUCUCCAAACCCGCUCCCUCUCUACACAGCAAUGCAAUCAAACCCAUGGACAGUGCUUGUAUGUUUUCCACAUGUGCCAACCUGCAGGAUGGAGGCCAAAAGUGCAUCCCCUCUGAUGAGUUUGAGUGCGAGGAGGCUCUGUUGGCCCAGGGGUCAAUAGACUCUCAGGACUCUGCAGGGCCCAAGAGCAGCAGCCGGCAAUCAGCUCCACUCCUCCACCACUUCUCUGUGACUGUGUGUGUGUCCGUCCUGCCGACGUUUCUACUCUUUGUCUCAUAAACACGAACUCACACACACACGCCGUACACACACCCACACACUCACAUACACACACAUAAUUGGCAAGACCCAGAGAAAGUCAUGUGACCCGACGCCCUUCGCUACGGGGAAAUGUCAACCAACAGACAUCCAAACAUCAACACCGGCCUUUUGAGGAGGGAAACUGUUCUGGAGGACUUUCAGAUUAGCCGUCUCUCUCCACCACACACACACGCACACACACACACACACACAUACACACACACACACACACUAUGAAGGAGAAGAAACUGGACUGUGUAUUUUGUGAGAGAGAGGGCGAGAAACAACAAAGGCAGAGAGACUCUUGGGAUUUUGGAUCACAGUGACUUCAUUUCCAAUGCUCCGUGUCUGGAGGGUUUGUGUGCUUUUUGUGCAGCCCGUCUCUGACUCACUCCCUCCAGCUUUUUUGGAUCUGAGACAGCUGGGCUGAAAACACAGGAACACACACACACACACACACACACACACACACUCGGACAACAAGUCUUAAAAUCGUCAGCGUGAGAGAGAUGACCGGCUUUCUAGGCUGGACAGAUGGGACAGCUCCUUCCACGGUGUUUGUCAGCUCAAUUUAUCACUCCCCUGGACCUCUCUUGUGGCAAGAAAUCUAUACCGCAUACAUACAAAGCACACACACACACACACACACACACACACACACACACACACACACACACACACACACACACUGUCGCCCUCCCCUUAGACCUCAUAAGCUGGCAAACAGGGUCCCCACACGGACACAAACACUCAUGCUGUACACCAGUGUGCUUUUUGCGGGUCUUUAUCUUAAUUUUGUUGUCGACAUUCUGUACAAACUUCAUUUAAUGUGGAAUAUGAAAAACAUCCAUCCAAUGGAGUGUAUAUUUCACAUACUGUACGUGUAUAGUAGUGUGAGUGCAAAGUGUGUGUGUCUUUCUUUACGUGAGUGUGUUUGUUGGGGAGUGUGUGUGUGUGUUUCUGCGUUGGCUGUGUGUGGAUGCUCAAUGUGUAUGGCAGCAAAGACAGGCUGUAAGGUUUCAAAUCUUAUAAGCAACUGAAUAUUGUAUCACUACUGAAUACUUACUGUUGACAUUUAAAUACCACUUAAUUGAUGACUUUGAAAUAUUUACUUUCGAGGGUCAUUUUUAAGUGGUGAACAUUCAAAAACCGGAGUUUAUAGAGCAACUUACAGGUUAAAUGUCUUAGCGAAUGUUUUUAGAUGUGAAAGACACCAAAAAGAGCUUUAAACCCCCAAAUAAUUCCCAUUCAGGAGAGGGGCCCCCUUCAGUCUUCUGUAUGAGCUCUUUUUAAAUCUAACAGAGAACAUUAUUUAAAAAAUAAACGGUUAUAUGAACAGAUGUAACAGCUUUUACAGUUUUGUUUUUUUUAUCACAGAGCGAUGGCCGCUUUGAAGAGGAAAAACAGGUUUCAAUCUAAGUGCAAUGAACUGAAAUGCCAUUUGGUUUUGUCGGUUAUCAGUUAUUGCGUAUCAAGACGAGUCGACUGAACUCAAUCUCGAUCAUACUCAGAUGAGACGAGGGACAGAUUAACUGGAAUAUAGCCUAACUUUUUGUCGGGUGAAAUCACCCAAAUGGUGCAACAAAAAAAAAUAGCCCAAAACUAUUUUUAAUUGCCCAAUUAGAUAAUGGUAGCCCAGGUGAGAGGAACAUGACCGAAUGUCUCUUAUCUCCUCUUUGUCACUCUCUCUUUCUCCCCUGUAGUGAGUUUUGCCUGGAAAUGUGAGCUACUGUAUGACUGACCUAACAAGCUGAUCCUGUUUCUGUUGUAAGUGUCAAUACUCGUGUAUUAGUUACAACACUGUAACAACAGUGUUAGGUUAGCUGUUCACUCACCAGGACACCUGCCCAGCUCUCUGGUUCGCUUCGCACCACAAUUUAAUUCCUCAUCAGUGUCAGAACUCGCAUUGGGAUCCAUAUUUACUGUUGUUAUGAAACAUGAAAACUGCCUUAUAAAACAAAUCCAGAUGUCUUCAUUCAUGUCAUCAUUUUCCCAAACAUUAAUUAACUAGGGGUGCCAAGAUGAAGAUGAAAAAUUCAAACUUGAACAAGUCAAGCCUGAUCAGACUUCUGUCCAAUCAGGUUACGUUCUGUCGGUUACAUGAUCCAAGAAAUUCAAGGUCAGAUAAGCGACUGGAAACCUUGGACACUUGAAUUUUCAAUAUCAAUUUUUGAACCAAAAAAAAAAAAGUUUUAAAUUCCAAAACUUGAAAUGACCUCAUAAAUUCAUGUCAAGUAAAAUCUUUAAUGCUAUACAUUCAGCGGUAUUUACAAUUCUGCAUUCAGUAGUGCUUAAAUUUCACAAUUAGGCAUUCAGUUGUUUAUAACAUUCGAAUAAUUACGUCCUUUUUAUUUUUGCUUCCAUAAAUGUGUUGGUCGUCUGUGUGUGUGUGUGUGUGGGUUCUUCAGUGUGUACUUUACCUCUGGCCACUCUGUGGGGUAUUUUUUAUGUUUCAUAGAAGCUACCAGGAUGUGGAACAGGAACAAAGGCCUGUUGUGCUGUAAGACGGCCCCCAGGUCAGUGUCUCGAGCGGGUCGUCACCUCGUGCCCUCCGUCAGCUGGAAGUAAAAGAGAGAUCAGUUUCUGUGACUAUGGUGUGGCCUUACUUUACUGUUCUUUCUUACAUACUUGAAAGAGGAAGAAUGAUUAUUAUUGCCCUGCUAGCAGUCGGGAAAAGGAAUCACAAUGUCCAACGCUUUGGUCCAGAGCAAAAUUGUCCAAACUAGCCAGAGUGCCAUUAAAUUAGGUGUGAGUAUUCGUGGUCGCCAGAGGAUUAAUUCUUAUGAUUUUGUCAAUCCCCUAAGCAUUUCAAUAGCUCCACCAUCAGGUCAAAUUUUGAUUUUGACCAACACUUGGUAAGAAACCUUAAACUCAAUCAACAGUUGAUAUUCAUAGUCCCCAGAGGAGAAAUCCAAAUGUUUAUGGUGACCCCUAACCUUCCUCUAGUGCCAUCAUCAGGCUAAAAUUUCAAUAUAAAAUAUAAAAAUCUAAUUGGAAGAUUGGAAGAAAAAUUACUAAGCUCAUUCAUACUCCCCAGAGAAUGAACCAUUUCCAGUUAGGACACUCCAUAAACUUAUCUUUUGCACCACCUGUAGGCUAAAAUCGGACGUAUGCAAAACAUGAUGGCCAAAUAUGGCCUGUAAUUGUGGGAUUUCCACGAAAUUUGCUUUAAACGUUCAUAUUCUGUUUGGGACAACUUUUAUAUUGCACCAACUGUAGGCAAAAUGUGAUCCUUGUAUUUAAAAUGUUAAAAUGUUAUUAUCAAGCUCCACAGAGGAUGAUUCUCCUCCUUACCUUUCGUCUAGUGCCACCAUGAGGCUAAUUUUCAGUAGUACACAAGAAAUUUAAAAACAUGAUGUGCAGAUUGGUAUGAAAUAUACUGAGCACAUUCAUGCAGCCCACAGGAUGAGCCCUUUCCAUUUUUUGGGCACUACAUGAACUUUCCUCUAGCACCAUAUUUAGGACAAUUUACAAAUUAGGACAAUAGGAAGCCAGUCUUCUGAUCAUGCUCCCCAUGACCUUUAUGUUAGAACAGUGGUUCCCAACCUUUUUCGGCUUGUGACGCCUUAAAAUGAAGCAAUGCCUAUUUGUGGACCCUUGUCACAGGUCGCAUAUGUCUGAGUUGUGACCAUUUAGCCAAACAGUAAUUUUCAAAGAUUAAAUUUUCCUUCUCAGAUUGAUUCAUCAGAAUUCUUUUUAGAGGCACGCAAAGGUAAAAUUAUUGAAUUUGUUUGGGAAGAUGUGUUUAAUUGAUAGGCACCAAAUCCAGCUGCUACACAGAUGUAGGUUAAAUACAUGUUAGAUAUAUAUUUAUAUCGGAAAGGAUAGAAAGAAUAUUCAAACCCCAUCUGGUCCAGCAACUAAAUGUCGCAAGUCUGGCAAAUCUGUUUUGUAAAGAAAUAUUGCAACAUAUGAUACGAGUAAAGUAAGCUGUAAUAGAGUCAACAAACAUUUGCGAUUAACCAAACAACUUGUUUUAUUGAUCAUACUAAUCAAUUUCGUUAUCUUACUGCAUAUUAAAUUAAUGAUUUUUCCAACUUUAACAAAUUAUUAUUAAGGAAUUUAUAUCUAAUGAAAAGGCAAGAAUUAGAUUUAGAAUAACUUCUUUUUGGCAGUAAAUAUCAUGAAAUUAAAUGUAUUGACAUUUAAAGAGUUUCUUCAAAUUAAACCAUUUAUAAAUUUUAUCUAAUUCGGAUUUGCAAAACAGUAAGUGUUUGUGAAAGAAACAAGCUAGUAUCAUCAGCAAAAAAUAACGAAUGAGGAUUCAGUUGACCAGUCAUUAAUGUAAUGAGGAAUAAAAGGGGUCCAGCAAUAGAUCCCUGUGGGACACCACAAGUGACUCGUGCCAAAUCAGAACUCAAUCCAUUUACAAAGUGCUUCUGAUUAGUAAUAUAAUUUGAAAGACAUUUGUCAGUCAGUCCAUUGAAGCUAUAAUAUGAUAUCUUAAUAAGCAUAACAUUAUGCUUGAUGAGUGGUUGGGAACCAUUACUCUAGUGCCACCCUCUGGACAAACAUUACAUUUUAAUCCUUUAAAUACUGUUAAAGCUAAAUUAUCAGUGUAUUCUUCUGCCCAAAACUUUAAUUCUGUUGGUUGUAUUGAGGGGUCGCUAGCAGGGCUUUACACUUUAUGAUUAUGUGGAGGGAAGGAAAAAUAAGUAGAUGAGUGGAGGAAAAAGUUGAAAAUAAGGUUGUAAAUUUGCUGAUAUAUUUGUAAACUUUAACAGCGCUACAGCAGUGUAACUGAAAUAUGUGUCUGGAGAUCUAAAUAAAAGUAACAUCUGUAA